GAAACAUUGUAAAACGUAUCGAUCUUAUAAUAAGAGAAAAAAAAUUUAAAAGAAGAAAAUAAUAUACUUACAUUGAUCUAUUUGUAAGAUAUUUAAAACACAAAGUAAUUCUCGAGCCAUCGGUAUUUUCGCAUUCUCGGGCUAGAUUGAGUGUUAAACUUUGGUUAGGGUGUAUCGGUAUUUAUUAUUAUUGGUGAUACAUAUGACACCCGGCUAAUAGUGGAAGAUAAUAAUUGUAAUAACAUGGCUCUGAAGAGGAAUUUAAUUCAUUUGAUGCGCAAUCGAAGAGUGCCUUGUAUAAUAUCAUCAAAGCUCAAUAUACCCGAUUCAAAUUUUAACACAGAUUUCCUUUGCGAUCCGAGUAAUCGCGAGACUAUUGUAGCGAAUAUAAAACAUAGAAAGGGUAAAGGUGAUGUGGAUAAAAUUUUACAAUUAUCUACAAAUAAUUUCCCUAUCGACAAAUCGGAAAGAUCAAAUCAAUUGGCCAAAGAGCUGAAUAAAAUACCGAAUUUGACAUUUCCAAAGGUAUUGGAUUACGGCACUGAGGGGAAAAUCAUAAGAGAAUAUGAAAAGUUUUUGAUAAACAGCGAAUUCAAACGAAAAUCAUUCGCUGAACUCGUUAAAUCGUUGAAAUUAAUACGAAUGGAAAAUUUAGGCCCAAUAGCCGGAGACAAAAGCUACAUAUUGUUGGGGGAUACGGCUCAACUGGAAGAAGCUCUGAUUCAAUACAGCAUACGCCGACUUAUGAAAAAUGAUUUUAAAUUAAUAUCAGUACCAGACAUAUUACCCACACAAGUCAUUGAAAAAUGUGGUAUGGUUGUCGAUGGCGAACGAACACUUAUUUAUUCACUCGAUGACUUGUACGGAGAUGAUUUCAGUUUGUCAGGAACAGCUGAAAUGGCUUUGGCAACAAAACUAAUAAACUCAAAUAUUGACUUUAAAAACAACUUGCCCCUGAAAUUGGCGGCAGUUAGUCGCUGCUUCAGAGCUGAAAUAUCGAAUUCCGCCGAAGAACAAGGAAUUUACAGGGUCCAUCAAUUCACCAAAGUGGAGAUGUUUGCCUGCACGAAGGAAUGCAAUUCAGAUGCUUUUUUCACAGAGCUGACUGCCAUUCAGGAAGAACUGUUCAGAGACCUAGAAUUACCUUUCAAAAUAAUAGACAUGCCAUCUCACGAGUUGGGCGCCACAGCCUAUAGAAAAUUCGACAUCGAAGGCUGGUUACCAGGACGAAAAGCUUUUGGUGAAUUAUCGAGUUGCAGUAAUUGCACGGAUUACCAAUCAAGGAGACUCAAUAUUAAAUAUAGAACUGCAAAUGGUGAAUUGAAAUAUGUUCACACGUUGAAUGGAACAGCUUGCGCUAUACCUCGUACUUUAAUAGCGAUUUGUGAAAAUUUUCAAACUGAAGAUGGUAAGAUACAAAUUCCUGAGAAACUUGUUCCUUUCAUGAAUGGAAAGAGUGUCAUCGAUAAACAACAAAUUGCCGAUAUGAGAUAUUACAAAUAUAAAUGCAACUAGUAAUAAAAAGUUGAAUUAUUACGAAUGAAAACAAUGACUCAAAAAAAAUACACAUUGCGUGAACAGAUUUUAAAAAGUUUAUCUGCAUAUAUUUUGUAGCCGAAUUUAUAAAAGUAUAGCACAAAAUAUUUUAUCUCCCUCUUAUUAUUACCAUUAUAAUAAUUGUUAUUGUUACUGUCAUACGAAAAAUUUACAAUUGGUAUUGACACGGGAAAAUGAUCAUACUGUGGUUACAAAUAAUGUUCAUCUGCUAUUCGCAAUCAAUUUAGUCCUCAUUUUUGUAAAUUGAUUUAAUUUAUUACUGGUGUAUGUAUACAAUUUGAAUCUCCAUUUUAUUUUUUUUUCAAUGUUCACAGUGUUGUCUGUUAAGGAAUCGUGUAAUUGUACAAUUGGCAUUAUUUCUAUUUACUCGUUUAUUUUGCAUGUUGUUUUUUUGUUUGUUUUCUUUAUUCUUUAUUUAAUUCACCCAUCACCCAUGCAUACUUAUUAAAGAUUUUUCUUUUUGCUUUACUGACUUUUCCUCGGUAAUUAAUCAUUGAA